GUGUAUAUUUACUUCUCUUCAAAGCCUAUGUUUGUAAUAGAAUACUAGACUCUGGGUGGACUACAUAUCAGCCAAUACGGUUUAAACAUUCCAGGUGUGGUGGAGGGCACAUUCAAAGAUAUGACAUAUCUUGUCAAUAAAGAUUUGAUGAAAUGGCCUGGACACAAAAGCUACAAUUCAACUAUUGCUUUGCUAGGGCCUGUCCUUGGAGCGCCUUUUGUAGCAUCUAAUAACUUUGAGACAUCAGAACAUGUGGGGACCCAUAUGGACGCACCCUACCAUUUCACUGCUCAAGGUUGGAGGCUACAUCAGAUACCAUUUUCACAGCUUAAGGGUCCAGCAGUUGUAAUAGACAUCAGAGAAAAGGCUUCCCAAAUCCAGGAUGCCACUUUGGAUGUGUCAGACCUUGAAGAUUGGGAAAGUGAAUUUGGGCAACAAAUUCCAAAAGGAGCCGUCAUUUUGAUGAAUUCAGGCUGGAACAAAUACUGGGGAAAUGCAACUGCAUAUGUCGGUGGAGACACCAUUGAAACUCUUCACUCGCCAGGGUUUAGUCGUGAGGCGGUCGAUUGGUUGUUGAAAAAUCGAGAUGUUGUUGGAUUUGCGACUGAUACACUGAACUGUGACAUUGGAAAAACACUGAAUUUUGAAGCGCAUAUCUUGAUGCUUGGUGAGAAUAAGUGGUGUGUAGAGAUGGCAGCAAAUGUUGGUGAAAUUCCCAAACAAGGGAGUGUCGUGUAUGCCAUGCCCAUGAAGAUUGAGAAUGGGUCAGGAGCUCCAAUUCGUCUCUAUGCUGUUUGGGAUGAGAAAGACCCCUGGGUGACAGGUGGCGCCACUUGCAUAACAUGUUGCAUCACAAUCAUUGGACUUGCAGUACUAAGUCAUAUUUUCUAAAGAUCUAUAUAAUCAAAUCAUACAUGGAACUUUAACUUUUUAUAUCCAUUGUUACAGUGGUUUUAUGUUCAGUUUUAUUAACUACAUGUAAGUGUAGUCUGAACAUGUUAAAUAUCAUAAUGCAGGUUCAGCUGACUGAUUCAGAUUUCGAUAUCCAGAAUACCAUAUUAUUAACCUUUUAUUUCAGCAUUCCUUCUUGAGCAGACUCCUAUGCCAACAAGGCACCCGAUGAAAUCUGAACAAAAUCUGACAACUGGUAUAAGAGUUAUCAAAAAUUAUUCCAUCUUGUACA